UUAACAUUUUUUAAUUCAUCAAACCAUCAUCAUCAUCCCUCCUUCACAGAUGAGAAGCUUGAUGUCGAGCUCAUUGACCAUCUGCAGCUAUCAAAUGCAUGCUGGGAAUUUAUUAUUUCUUCCUUAACCAUCCAUUCAUUCAUUUCUUCAUCCAUCUGGCCACCCACUGUAUCUCCAUCUCCAUGUUCUCCCUGCUCCCCCCCUCCCUCCUCCGACGUCUCCCCCCCUCUUCCUCUCAUCCUCUUGUUAGAGCCGCUGAAUUAUUUAACGUCAGAUGCUGGGCUCAGCUGCAGAGCCAGAGGGAGAUGGAGAACGAGAGGAAAAGAUGGAGAGAAGAGGGGAUGCACGGAGGUGUCUGACGCUGCAGGUCGUGAGUCAGCAGGGAGGGAAAGGGGAGACGGUGGGAGGGAGGGAAGUCGGGCUUUAGAUGGUUUUAGGUGAUACGACCGGAGAGAGAGCGGCGUUAGAUGCCUCCCGGGCGUGUUGGUGUGUGUGCAUGCGCGUAUUGAUUGAGCAGAGAAGGUCAUGAGAGGAGAUUAGCUAAACCAGACUCGCUGGUGUUGAGCGCGGUGCUACAGCUAAUGCCUCCUCUGAAUAGCAGCCAGACGGAAAAGAGGAGAGCCAGAAUAAAGAGAAAGAGAAUAAGGAGACAAGGACGAGAGGAGCUGUUACAGUAUGGGGGAGAGCUACGUGUACCAGCGACUCCCCUUCGCCAGAGGAGAGGAGGAGGGGGAGGAUGAGGACGAAGAGGAGAGGAGGAUCCGGGAAAGUGUCGGGGGGCAAAUGAUGCAGAGCGACGAGGGAACCGAGUGGCUGCUGGAGCUGCUGACAGACGUGCAGCUGCAGCAGUACUUCCUGAGGAUCCGCGAUGAGCUCAACGUCACUCGACUUUCCCACUUCGACUACGUCAAGAGCGAAGACCUGGAGAAGAUCGGCAUGGGGCGCCCAGGUCAAAGGAGGCUGUGGGAGGCCGUCAAGAGGAGAAGAGCUCUUUAUAAACGAAAGUCCUGGAUGAGCAAGGUAUUUCCAGUCAAACGCUCUGACGCCGACCCCCAGCAGCCCGUCCCCCAGGGGGCGUCGUCCAGCCAGGCGCCCGCCCCCAGCGAGCCCACGGCCUCCCUCACCUGCCUGAUCCGGGAGACGGAGCUGCAGCUGUUCGAGCGGCUCGGAGACGGCACGUUCGGAGUGGUGCGGCGAGGAGAGUGGACCGGUCCCAACGGCCGAGUGUUGUCGGUGGCGGUGAAGUGUCUGAAAGCCGGCGUGUUGGACUCAGACGGGCUGGACGACUUCAUCAGGGAGGUGAACGCCAUGCACUCACUGAGCCACCAGAACCUCAUCCGGCUGUACGGCAUCGUCCUCACACAGCCCAUGAAGAUGGUGGCUGAGCUGGCUCCUCUGGGCUCCCUGUUGGAUCGUCUGAGGAAGCGCCAGGGUCACAUCCUCAUCUUGUCCCUCUGUAACUACGCUGUACAGGUGGCGUGUGGCAUGGCCUACCUGGAGCAGAGGCGUUUCCUCCACAGGGACCUCGCCGCCCGCAACGUUCUGCUGUCCACCAACGACACGGUGAAGAUCGGGGACUUCGGCCUGAUGAGGGCGCUGCCGACACACACCGACCACUACAUCAUGGAGGAGGGUCACAAAGUCCCGUUCCCCUGGUGCGCUCCGGAGUCUCUGAAGUCUCGUUCUUUCUCUCAUGCGUCGGACACUUGGAUGUUUGCGGUCACUCUGUGGGAGAUGUUCACCCACGGACAGGAGCCGUGGCUGGGCCUCAACGGGAGUCAGAUCCUGCACAAGGUGGACGUGGAGGCCGAGAGGUUAAGUAAACCAGAGGACUGUCCUCUGGAUGUCUACAACGUCAUGCUGCAGUGCUGGAGCCCCAAACCUGAGGACAGACCAACCUUCAUCGCCCUCAGAGACUUCCUGCUGGAGACGAUGCCCACGGACAUGAGAGCCCUGCAGGACUUUGAGGACGAAGACAAGCUCCAGAUCCAGAUGAACGACGUGAUCACCAUCAUAGAGGGAAGGGCAGAGCAUUACUGGUGGCGAGGUCAGAACAGGCGGACGCUGCGUUUCGGUCAGUUCCCCCGACACGUGGUGACGGCGGUCGCCGGGCUGUCGGCCCACGACAUCAGCCGCCCGCUCAAACACUCCUUCAUCCACACGGGACACGGAGACACGGACCCCCACAGGAGCUGGGGACACGCAGACCGCAUAGACAGUCUGUAUUUGGGGAACCCCAUGGACCCCCCUGAUGUCCUGGGAAUGGAGGCCGGCAUCGCCCGACCGACCAAACUCCCCAACCGGGCCAAGAAGCAACCUCCCCCUCGUCCCCCUCAGCCUGCUGUUCUGCUGAAGAAGCCGUUCUACGACUCGGUCAUGGACGAUUACGUGGACGAUGACGACCCCAGCUCCUCGUCGGGCCUGAAGAGGCUCGGAGCGUCUCUGGGGCUGAAGCUGCGGCCGUGGGAGGGGGGGGCCCUGGUGCGCUCGGCCAAGAGCGAGGUGUCGCUCAUCGACUUCACCGACGACAGCUUCAGCUCGACCACGCCCUCGCCGCUCGGGGAGACACAGCCGCCGGACGAGGACACACUGAAGGACACCCCCUCCAUCCUGGACUGGCCUCUCCCUCAGCCGACCUACGACGCGGUCUCCACGGAGCUGGAGGACCAGUCGGAGGACCAGGAGGUGAAGUCCAUCAACACGGGGCUGAGUGAGGAGGCCACGCCCACGCCCGGCGCCGCCCUGGUGGGCCGGAGCGAGUCGCAGUCGGCCGACCUCUUCCAGGAACUACAGAGAGAGGUGAUGGUGAAACUGCAGGUCCCCAUGGCGACAGGCCGCUCCCUCCCCUCCUCCCCCCUCCCGAUGCCCCUGGCUCCCCACCGACAGAUCCUCCUCCCUCCUCCCUCCCCCGCAUCCUAUGCCUCCUUCUUUGAGGACCGUCCGGUGUUACCUCCUCGCAGCCCCGUCCCCCCGCUGCGUCCCUCCAAAAAACACAACCCCCCCGCCCGCCCCACCCAGCCGCAGGUCCGGUCCAGCUCCAUAUGUCUGCCGGACGGGGAGGACAAGCCGCCCCAGAUCCCGCCAAGAGACCACGCCUUUUCUCAGCCGGGCUCCCGCUCCUCCUCUCCCCUCCCACCGGCCCCGCCACCCUCCGCCUCGCCCAUGGCCUCGCCCAUGGCUCUCCCCCCUCCCCCCCUCUUCGUCUCCCCACGCCGGACUGCAGGACUCCUGGGUCCCCUUCUGUCCUCAAAUUCCUCGUCCUCCUCCUCUGCACCCUCUCAAGCCACAUCCCAUCCCUCACGCCUCGCAUCUCCCGGCGCCUCCUCCUCUUACUCCUCCAGUCCUCUGCUGGAUCCUAUCUCCUUCCGUGAGGGACGCGGCCUGUCCUCGUUGAUUGACAGCUCCCCGAGCUCUGCUCCCGCCCCACUGCCAGAGAGACCAGCUUUUUUGGAAAGAUACGGAGCAGCCAACAUGGUGGCAGUCAAACCCAUGAUGCAGAAGCAGCAGCCGCCGGGCGGAGCCAAACCUAAUUCCUCUUAUAACAACAACAACGGGCGGACCGCAGCUCCCAGCAUGCAACAGGAGCAGAGCAUCACACAGGUGCAGGCAGCGGUGCAUGGUGUCACGCUGGAGGAGUGUCAGUCCGCUCUGCAGGGUCACAACUGGGGGAUCCCUCAGGCCAUCAGCCACUUGAAGGUGGAGCAGUUGUUUCGCUUGGGGCUGCGGUCGAGAGCCGAGUGCGAGGAGCUUCUUCAGCUCCGCCAGUGGAACCUGGAACAGGCCAGCACGGUCCUGCUAGAGACGUUCGGAACCCAUCUAAACAGGAAGUGACAGCGGACCCAUCGAGGUGCAAACCAUCGCCGGCCGGGCCCCUCGACAUCAUUUACAUCGUUUGAUGACUCAUCGCUCCGAGGACUCGACACGUAGCAAUGCUUCUUAACGAACGGAGGAAUAUAUAGGGCAGUAUUACGUGCCUCACUCUAUGUACUGUGAAAACCUGCUACUACCUGCGUCAUACACAUGCAUGCUCAUUAUAAGCUAACAGAGCAGUUUGUUGAAUGACUCACAGACGACGUACUUGAAAUGUUGCUAUUUAUGUUUUUGCUACCAUUCGUAAUGAGAGUCCUUUUUUUUUCCCGCUGAGCUCUACUGCAAACUUUUGUGUGCGGGUGUGAGAUUUGCGUGCAUGUGUGUUUGCGUGUUUGCAAGUGUGAGCUUACACUGAGGUACCGACACUGUACACGUCCAUGCCUUUUUUUUGCUGUCCACGAAAUCAGGGAAGUGUGAGCUGACGGCAGAGUUGUACUCGUAUGUUUCUGUGAAAAUGUACCGAUAAGACGCUGUAUUGUAUUUAGCACUUUAACCCGGUGUGGAAUAUUCCUGCGGACAUGUUAACUGCUGGUCAGGAGAAGAUAAACUCGUUAUCUCGUAAACUCGUUAGCGCAAACCAACACGGUUACUGGUAUUAGCAUACGGAGCUUUGUAGGCUUCACACAUUCUCUUAUCGGAGGCAAUUAAAUGCAAAAAUAUCAAAGUGAUGACUUCCACCAUCUGGGUCGUAGUCGCUCCACAAAUUAUACAUUUAACGUGAUUUCAAAAGUGAUGUUUGGCUUUUCCUCCUGUGAGAACUACUGCUGUGUGAUAAUCAUCGACACAUCCUGAAUUAGUAGUGUGUGUGUGUGCGUGUGAGUGUGUGCACGUGUGCUUAGCGCUGUGUGAUACCUACACACAGAUCCUGAGUGUGAUCACACCUGGAUUCAUCCGCAGCUAAACAGAAAAAGAAAACGAUGAAGGAAUCGUUUGUUGUUGCAGCUACUCUGGUUUUUAUCAGGCCAUCGAUCACUCAAACUGUUUCAUUAGAGCAGCUUCUAAGUGUAAUAUAUGCAAUCAUGUCCUCGUGGUUUAUAAUAAACUGGAAUUUGAGUCUCUCUUUUCAGUACUGCAGGUGUUGAUGUGUUAUUUGUGUCGUAAAUGUCCCGAAGAAAGAAUGUUA